AUGGAGUUUUUUAGAAAUAGUUUUAUUGUAACAUUGUUGCUAUUUUUCUGUAAGUAUAAAGAGAUUAUUGCUCAUUCUGGGAGUAUUAAUAAGCUAUCCAUAAUAUCAUUUGAUGAAGGAUAUUCUCAUCUUUUUGGAGAUGAGAAUGUUAUUGUUCUUAAAGAUGGAAAAUCUGUUCUUUUUUCUCUUGAUGAAAGAAUUGGUUCUGGGUUCAUGUCACAAGACCUUUAUCUACAUCGGUUUUUCAGUGCUUCAAUUAAAUUGCCUGCUGAUUAUACUGCUGGGGUUGUGGUUGUCUUCUAUGUGGUUGCAGCCAUGGAAGCUUCAUCAAAUGAAGAAGAAGGUUGUUUGGGCUAUCCAUCACAUGAUGAGUCCGUCGCUUCUUUCCGAUAUACUUCCCCCGUUCUGAUACACUCGCUACAUAACGAUUAUUGA